AUGGCGGAAGGUUUCAUUCAAGCAUCUGAUGGAAGUAAACAAAUGGAAGAUAUUAGUGGAGAGUAUUUCGAUAAUCUACUGUGGCGGUCCUUCUUUCAGGAUGUUGAGAAAGAUGAAGAUGGGAAUAUAUUAUGGUGUAAGAUGCAUGACCUUGUGCAUGAUCUUGCAUGCUCUGUUGCAGGGAACGAAUGUUCAGUUGUACAGGUGAAGAAUGCAGUGAGUAUCCCCGACAUACAUCGCCGUUUGUUCAUGUUGGGUGAGCAUUAUGAAUGGGUCCUAACAGUCCCAAAGGCCUCAAGGAAAGCAAACCAUUUGCGAACACUGCUUCUGGACGGAAGACAGACUUUCAGCAUCCCUCGUAAUCUUUUAACACAUUUCAUGUGCUUACGGGUGUUUGAUUUAAGUUUCGCGCGUGUCACUACGGAGAUGUUGGUUUCAAUUAGCAGUUUGAAGCAUGUAAGAUACCUCAACAUCUCUUGUCGUCAAAUACGAGCCCUUCAUGAAUCCAUUAGCACCCUUCACCAUUUGCAAACCUUGAUACUCUCGCGGUGCUUUGAUCUUGCAGAAUUACCCAGGGACAUGAGCAAAAUGACUAGCCUAAGACAUCUUGAAAUCAGUCCAUAUGAUAAAUUGACCCAUAUGCCAGCUAAUAUGGGACAAUUAAAGCUCCUUCAGACCUUGCCAAUAUUCAUAGUAGGUAAGGAUAAUGGAUGUGGUAUAAGAGAGCUGCAAGGUCUAAACCUUGGAGGAAAUUUGACUAUUCAAAACCUCGAGAAUGUGAUGUGUGCAGCAGAUGCCCAGGAAGCAAACUUGAAGAAUAAGCCAAACCUUUGUAUGUUACGCUUUUCAUGGGGUCAGGAUAUUGAUCUUCAGUUAGAAGGAAAUGUCAAGCAAACCCUUGAAGGUCUCCGACCACAUCGAAAUCUCAAAAGGUUGACUGUGGAAGAGUACAUGGGUGUCAGAUUUCCGUAUUGGAUGUGUUCUUCAUCGCUUCCAAAUCUGAUUAAAGUUUCAGUGAUUAAUUGCAGAAGAUGCGAACAGCUCCCCCCGCUCAGCCACUUGCCAUUCCUGAAGGUUCUUGUGAUACGUGGAAUGGAUGCUGUGAAGUCUAUUGGAAAGCAUUUCUAUGGCGACGAUGUCACAGAGGCAUUCCCAUCACUGAAAGAACUCACCAUCCAAGAUAUGCCUAAUUUAGAGGAGUGGUCAGGAUCCAAUGGAAGAGUACUCCCCUGCCUUAACCGAUUAACUGUCUGGGGAUGUCCAAAGUUAACAACACUUCCAUGCCUUCCAUCUCUAAAAGAAUUGGAAUUGACGGAUGGUAAUGAGAUGUUGUUAGGUUCAGUGGCAAACCUAACCUCACUUUCCUCCCUCGAGGUUCAAGGUUUCAGGGAGCUAAGGUCGCUGCCAGAUGGGGAGCUUGGAAACCUUGCUGCUCUAAAGUCUCUGUCUAUUUAUGGGUGUGAUGAGCUGGCAUUGUUGCCAGAGGAGUUACAAAACCUCACCUCUCUCCAUCGGCUGCAUAUUCAUAACUGCAAUGGUCUAACGUCCUUGAGACUACGAGGCUUGAGCUCUCUUAAUCGUCUAAACAUCGACACGUGUCAAAGCUUAACGAGUUUGAUAGGGGGACUGCAACACCUCACUGCCUUACAAUACUUGUACAUUAAUAAUUGUCGGGAGCUGGCAUAUUUACCAGAGGAUAUGCAACAUCUUACUUCCCUUCGAAUACUCAACAUCUGGAGCUGUGAGAAGUUGACAUGUUUGCCGGAAGGGCUACGACAUGUCACAACACUGGAAGCUCUAUCAAUCAAUGGAAUGACUCCGCCGGAGUGGAUAGGAAACCUGUCCUCGCUUCGACGUUUGGAAAUUAAACAUUGUGAUAAAUUGACGUGUUUUCCAUCAGGGUUGCAACUCCUAACAAACCUGCAACACCUACAAGUCGGGGGCAAGCAGAUCAUCCUUGUAGAGGUUGUUGGAUGA